AUGCGGUUUACCUCUUUGCUUAUCUUAGCUGGUGCCACAGGCCUUGUGCUGGCAGCACCAGGCCCGUCAAUAUCAAAAAGGGCAUCUUCCUUUGUUUGGUUCGGCGCAAACGAGGCUGGCGCAGAGUUUGGGAGCGGGAAAAUUCCAGGAAAAUUAAACACCGAUUAUAUCUGGCCAUCGAACUCAAGUAUUCAAACCCUGCGGAGUGCAGGAAUGAACAUAUUCCGCAUUCCCUUUGCAAUGGAGCGGUUGGUUCCCGGAACUCUGACAUCGAGUGCGGAUGCCACCUACCUGGCUUCAUUGAAAAGUACUGUCAACUAUAUCACGUCAAACGGUGGAUUUGCUGUUGUUGAUCCUCACAAUUUUGGACGAUACGACUUUGCAGCCUUUUGGACGACUCUCGCAUCGGAAUUCGCAUCGAAUAAAAAUGUCAUCUUCGACACGAAUAACGAAUUCAAUUCGGAGGACCAAACCUUGGUUCUGAACCUCAACCAAGCUGCUAUCAACGCCAUUCGAGCUGCAGGAGCCAAAUCGCAGUACAUUUUCGUGGAGGGCAACUCGUGGACUGGUGCAUGGACAUGGACAACUGUUAAUGACAACAUGAAAGCUUUGACAGAUCCACAGGACUUGAUCAUUUACGAGAUGCACCAGUACCUUGACUCUGACGGUUCCGGGACAUCAGAGACUUGUGUUAGCUCAACUAUCGGCCAAGAACGAGUUGUGGCUGCCACACAAUGGCUCAAGGACAAUGACAAGAAGGCCUUCCUAGGCGAAUUUGCUGGGGGUGCCAAUUCUGUCUGUCAAAGUGCAGUGAUAGGUAUGCUCGAUUACUUGCAAGCGAAUAGCGAUGUUUGGCUUGGCGCGUCCUGGUGGUCUGCUGGACCAUGGUGGGGAGACUACAUGUACAGCUUAGAGCCUCCUUCUGGCAUAGGCUAUACUUCCUACAUGGGUCUUCUAGAGAGGUAUUUCCCUGGCUCAGGUGGCUCAGGUGGGACAAACACUGCAGUCACCACCACUACCUCCACAACAACUGUCGCUGCUGCAACCAAGACCCCCACAAUUGGAUCAGGCACCACUGGCGCAGCUCAUAAUGCAUAA